CAUCCAGCAGAACAAAGUUAGAGCUUUAGAGAGCACACCGAGUGUGCGUUUAGAUUAGAAGUUAGGCAGCACCGCUGACAAUGAAGUAUUAGGUGGACUAAGAAGGGUUGUGUUUUUGUUUAAAAAAAAAAAAACCCUUUGACUGCAUUGUUACUUUUUUAAAGUUUUCUCUUUCUUGCGGAUUACUUUUGUGGAUAACCUCCUGGGAAUAGCAGACCUUUACCCGUGGAUUUUAUUCAAAGAAAUGGUGGCUUACGAUGAACCUGGUGUGGUGCCUAUCAAACGGACUCUACAGAAAAUAGACUAUCAGAACCAAGUGUGCAAAGAACUUGAGGAACCCAGUACUAAGCGUGUGCGGCCACUGGGCCGAGUCACCUCACUGGCGAACCUCAUCUCCCCCGUGAAGAAUGGGGCCGUCCGGCGCUUCGGUCAGACCCUGCAGGCUUCACUGCGGGGUGACGGACGCUCCCCGGGCGUGCCCCAGCAAAAAGCAGGCAGCAAGGCUGCAGCACCCACACCACCCAAGCGCCGUAACAGCACCCUCUGGUCCGAAACCCUGGAUGUGCACCAGAAAGGAGCCUUCUCCACAAAGGAGAUAAAGAGACAAGAGGCAAUAUUCGAGCUGUCUCGAGGUGAGCAUGACCUGAUCGAGGACCUCCAGCUUGCCCGCAAGGCAUACCACGACCCCAUGUUGAAACUAUCGAUCAUGUCCGAAGAAGAGCUUACUGCCAUCUUUGGAGAUCUUGAUGCUUACAUCCCACUUCAUGAAGAUUUGUUGGCGCAGCUAGCCAGAGCAACGGGCCCCGAUGGAACAGUCGGAGAGAUCGGCCAGAUUGUAGUCGACUGGCUGCCCAGACUGAAUGCAUACCGGGCAUACUGCAGCAACCAGCUGGCAGCCAAAGCCCUGCUGGACCAGAAAAAGCAGGAUCCAAAAGUGCAAGACUUCCUGCAGCGCUGCCUUGAGUCACCCUUCAGCAGAAAGCUGGACCUGUGGAGCUUCCUCGACAUCCCCCGAUCACGGCUGGUCAAAUACCCGCUUCUGCUGAAGGAGAUCCUCAGACAUACACCACCUGAACACCCAGACACUGCCAGCCUUGAGAAAGCUGUCAGCAUUAUUCAAGGUGUGCUUUCUGACAUAAACAUGAAGAAAGGCGAGUCGGAGUGCCAGUACUACAUAGAUAAACUGGAGUACCUGGAAGACAAACAGAAAGAUCCACGCAUAGAGCAGUGCAAGAGCCUGCUCUGCCAUGGCGAACUGCGCAACAAGAGUGGCACGAAGCUACACGUGUUCCUGUUUACUGAAGUCCUGGUACUGACACGGCCCGUGGUCCGGAACGAACGCCAGUGCUUCCAGGUGUACCGUCAGCCCAUUCCAGUGCAGGACCUGGUGCUGGAGGACCUGCAGGACGGAGAUGUUCGCAUGGGCGGCUCCUUCAGAGGAGCUUUCAGCAACUCCGACAAAGCCAAGAACAUCUUCCGUGUGCGUUUCCAGGACCAGGCACAGGGUCAGUCACACACCCUUCAAGUCAACGACAUAUUCCACAAGCAGCAGUGGCUGAACUGUCUGCGCAGCGCCAUGUCGGUCGUCCAGAGUGAAGUCUCCACUGACCCCUGCUCUGAACGCUGCGCCUCCACAGCCUCCGCAAUCGUCCACAUGGAGGAGACCGACGAGAACCAGCCUCAAAGCCCUGAGCCCCCCAGCCCCACAUCCUCCACCACCUCCACAUCAUCCUCUUCGUCGUCAUCGUCGUCUUCCUCAUCCUUGUCGCCCACGUCGUCUAGCUCGCCAAGGAAAUCUAAAAAAGACAAGCGCAUACUCUGCUCUCUGGGCAAGAGGAAGGAAACCAUGGUAUAGGGAGCUCUCAGGCUCUACAUGGACUAUAAGCUCGGCACAGAGCGGACUUGUAUUUAUGUGUGUUUUGGGACCCCUGUGGUUCCGCAGCAGUGUUUUGUGUUACUGUCCCCAAUGGCAGCUAUAUCCUCUCUAAUCUCCCCACACACACUCCAAGACAACUCAUGGGGCGCAAAUCCGAACCAGGGAGACGCAGUAUUCAAGGGUUGACGGCAUUUAUGUUUAACACACAUGUGCACGCUUUCACUCGUGUCCGAGAGUGAGCAUGAGAACACACAAGCCCUGUUUACUGUUAGUUUGGUAUUAUUGUAUUAUUAUUAUUAUUAAUUUGGUUUGUAAUUAAAUGUAAACUUUUUUUAUAUAUAUAUUCCAAAUCAAAAUUUUACUGUAGCUCUUUCUUCUGUUUUUUUUUUAUUUUUUCAUUGAAUCAGCACUGUAGCUUUCAGCUAAAAAAAUCUUCAGUAAGAGGAAAAAGAACAGCCACCAAGAAAAGCAAUAAUCAAAAUAAGAAAAGUCUACGGGCGGUGUUGAAUUUCAGGACAUUCCUCUUGAAUCAGUAUCUGUUGUUUUAUCAGCUCGACACUUUGCUAUAUGGAUUGUACAUGAUUCGGAAAACCAGCAUUAAUUUAAAUCUAUUUGUUGUUCUUAAAAACCAAAAGAAUUAAGUCAAUUUGUGAUGUACACUGUCAAGAUCAGGAUAUGUGGUAUUUUAUUUUACUCAUGUAAAAUUCAAACUGAGCCAUGUUGGCUUUUUCUUUUUCUUUAAAAAAAAAAGAAAGAAAGAAAGCUAACUCCCGACAGGAAUCUGAUGAAUUUUCAAUGUAGCAUCUUGCAUGGAGCUUUACUUGUACGAUGGCGUGUAAAUGCUUGUAUAAACAGAAGAGUUCACCGAAAAUCGCUGGCGAGGAACUAUGUAUGUUAUAAGAGGGAUUAAGAUAUGUUGGUUAUGAGAAUUCUGAAUUGCAUUGGGAAAGAAAAGUCCGACUUUGAUUCUAGAUGCUGCGCGUAAUCACACGUUUUUCGUUGUGUUUUAUCGUAGUAUCCCGAACAAAGCACGAGCGUUGGCCUCACUGGUGAAAAACCAGUGAGUGGUGUUUACGAAAGAAAAAAAGCAUGUAGAAAGAAAGGGAAAAAUGAAUGUUGGAUGGAAAAAAGUCACAAGAAUAGAAUAGUUUGUAUAAAAGACAAAGAUGUGUUGAUGUUUGAAGUCUGAUGUGAGCUUGUAAAUCUGUUUCCUGUAUAAAGAGAACAUAAUUAAAGGGACAAUAAAGAUCUGUGUAAGAUAUGCAUCUGAAAACGA